AUGAAGAUUUUUGUUAUAUUGUUAUCACUUCUAGGGCUAAUUUGUUGUGACAAUCUGUACGAUGUUUGGUUGACUUAUAUUAAGACUUCUGAUGAUAUUAGACAGAAAAAUGAAUGUAAAGAUGUCAAGGAUGACAAUAAUCAACUUCUUGAGGUAAGUUAUAAAAACAAAAUUCUACUUUACCGCACCCUACUUUACCCUGCUCUAUGGUCUCAUAUCAUAAUUUACUCUACCUUACCUUACCUUACCUUACCUUACCUUACCCUACCCUACCCUACCCUACCCUACCCUACCCUACCCUACCCUACCCUACACUACCCUACCCUACCCUACCCUACCCUACUCUACCCUACCCUACCCUACCCUACCCUACCUUAUGUGCCCUACAUACACUACUCUAACAUACUCUAUCCUACCCUACCAUACCAACGUACUCUAUCCUACCCCAUCCUGCUUAAAUAUGUCCUAUUUUACUAUACUUUACCUUUGUCUACCUUAGUAUAUCUACCCUAUUUUCCCUUACCAUUUAUGUCCUACCCUGCCCUAAACUUAAACUUACCCCAUUUUACCCCUGCCCAAACCCUUCUCAUGGUUAGGCAUAGUGGUAGUUACUUCUUAGAAGUUACCAUACAGUUCAGUAGCUCAUUACUUUUUGUACAACCUAAUACGUUUGAAAUUUUAUUUUGCUAUCAAACUUCAAUACCCACAUGUACCAAAUAUACCAUUUUAAUGUCGUUUUCACCAUUUUAUCAAAACCUUCCAGACCUACCGCGACAGAGUGUCAGAACCCGAUCUCGACACCGAUUGCAUGAUCGACUUCUACAAGAAAAUCUUCGAGUACCAAGCCGAAUAUUGUCAACACACUCAAGCAUAUUGUGAUAAAUAUAAAGACUUGCUCAGCCAGUUUCAUUCCUAA